ACCGAAUCAAGUGAAUCAGUCAGCUUUCGUAGGUUGUGGUGUGCGCAGCAGCACAACAACAACGGCACAACGGAACACAGUACGGCACAGUGCAAGAACAGAACCGGAGAGCUCGGAGUUCGGGAGAACAGAACCGCCACGUGCGUACGUCGUGCGUUCGUGCGUGAGAGUAGUCGAGUGGAACAAUAGACGGAACAGUGAACAGUGGCGUUUAUGCGUUCACGGGUUAUCGCCGUUCAGGAAACGCUGUCGUGGUCGAGUUCUGGUGAACAAAGUCAAAGAACAGCUGAAUGAUCGGGGGGUCAGUGGCUCGCGCUUGCGAUCAAGAAGUGAUUAAUCAUCGAGUCUCAAGCCGGGUUCGUGUGGGUGGUCACACUUCUUCUUGGAGGGACCUCGCCUCUUUGGAGGUCACAUCCGAACGCCCACGUGCACACAGUGACCUUUGUGGUACCGCUCAGUGUUCGUUCAGGUGGUGUAGGUGUCACCGAUAAGGGAAGCGCUAAGUGGUGAGCGUUGCCCACUAUUUACGCGAGUUGAAACAUAUUUAUAAUGACAAUUAUUGCUGCGUCGUAACGAAUACACGGAUUAAGGCGGUUCUUGCGGACGGCGCGAGAGAGUGUGAUGUAGAACGCUCCUCUGUGUUGUGUGUACAUUUGAGGUGAACGACGACGACGACGGAAAAAAAGAGUCCCCGGAGAAGAAAACAAAUAGUGAACAACAACUGCUCGGUGAGCUCGAAGUUCUGUAUUAGUGUGUGGAUUAGUGUGAGAGCGCCGCGCGCAAUAUUGCUGUUCCGAAACCCCGAAGAAGACAACACUGCGCUGCUGUGACAUUUUGACUUAAGUCACUCGAAAUGUCAAACCAUUUAUAAGUUUAAAUGUUACAUCGCUGUGCUCGGUGGAGUUUUUUUUUGUUCGUUGAGCAAGCCGAACCAGCAGUAGAGUGCUGUGGUACAAUACCGGUGGUACAGCUGGAAUUGCCUAGUGUGACAAAGUGAGUGUGCUGCUGAUGCAGUGACAAUAUCCGGUCAGUUUGACGGACGGACGGAAAGAGGUAGACGACGUCGGGUCAGGUGUGUGUGAUGUAGCGACGCCGACGGCUUUCAGUGUGAAGAGUGUUCAGUUGUAGAACGCGGAGGAAAAGAUUGGAUUUUUUUACGUGCUUGUUAUCAUCAACGGAUGUACGACGCGGGACAAGUAAUUAUGGAAGAUCUCCCGACUACAAACUAGUUCCCAGUGUUCAAGAAGCCACUUUUGAGACACGUGUGUCACAUCCACUAAGCUUUCCCUACUGUUGAGGUUUCUCGGUGCCAAAAGGGGGGGAAGGUGAAACUAUAUUGAUAAACGGUCUCUAUUUGCGCUCAACUGAUAAGAGACCUGUGCAGCGUAGACCUCACCUUGUGUGGUAGAUUCCGUGCCCGUUUCUCUGAACUAGUGUCUAGGUUCCGUACUACAAGUGCGCUGUGUGUCACCAAGUUUGCGCACCCGGCUUAACCGAACGUGAAGUGCGCGACGAUUAGUGAUUAGUGAGUGCGGCGAAACUAAUUAGUUGCGCAAAGACAGACACACAAAGUCACGACCAUCGCGCCCAUGGUCGUUACCGUCCUGGAGCCAGCGAGCCUAGAUGUUCUAGGUGGCGGACCAUGAGGGAAGUGGACUCGUCCGAAACAUCGGUAGUAUGGCCAGCUUGGUGUUAUUCAGGGGAAACAACAGUUAAUGAAGAUUUACCACAAGCAACCUCGGCACCACCGACGGAACGACACCAGCAGCUCCAACAACUCCAGCACCGUUUCCAGCAAUCGUCAUCAAAUCAAUCACAGUCGUCAUCGGCGUCCUCGUCACCCUCGUCGGCCCAUUCGGCGCAAGGUGGGAGCCACAAGUCGCGCGGACGGCGCGGAAGUUUCAGCACCAAGAGAAAAUCAAUCACCCCCAGCUCGGUGUCCCCGGGCAACUCGGCGUUGACGGCCGCCCUGGGUGCAAGUUCGGUGGCAGCCCUGGCAGCAACGGCAGCGGCGGCGGCGGCGGCCUUCCAAGCGUCGCCUCGAAGAUCGACACCCCCGACCGGCAGCAGUCUGCAGCUGCAGCUUCCGGAGAACGGAACCAACGGUCGCGGCGGAUCUCCGACGAACUCAACGACCCCCAAUGAGGACGGUCACUACUCGCCGGUGAACCACAACAACAACAACAACAGCUCCGCCAGUACCAACUUCAACUCUCAGGUGGCGGCCCUUCAAUCGCUGGACAAGAUGCUGAGCGAGCGGAUCUACGACCGGAAGAAGUACCUCAACUCGCCGACCGGAAGUUCGGCGGCCGUUGCGGCGUUCUACGAAAAGUUCCGGAACGUGGCGGCGGCCUCGGCCGGCGAGGUCGAGCUGAACCUCAUCAAGAGCAGCAACGGCCAGCAGUCCCCCAGUGGAUUGGUCAGUGAUCUUAGUGCAAUCGGUGCGAAUCACCACGGCGGAAGUGGCAGUGCAAGUCCCAGUUGUGGUCCCAACGGAAGCAAUAGUGGUAGUGUGGGCAAUCUGCUCGUGGCCAAUGGGCACAGUAGUGGGGGUGGUGGUGUGAGUGAAGGAAACAGCCACAGUUUAAGCAAUAGUAACAACCAAAAUAGUAAUGGCAACAACAAUGGAAACAGUGGAAUCAACAAUAGUAGUAGUAGCAGCAUCGGCAGCACCAACAAUAGCAAUAACAAUAGUAUUAAGAGCGAGCGGUUCAGCCCGACCAACAACGAUGUGCAGUCGACGGCGUCGAGGUCACGAAGCGUGACGCCCUCGUCGUUCUCGGGGACGCCCCCGCAGACGAUGCACCCCGCCGAUGUGGCGGCCUUCUCGAGCAGUAUUUCGGCGGUGGCCACCAGCGGGUUGCUUCCGUCCCCGGGCAACGGUUCCAGUGGUGGUGGCGGUGGCGCAGCUGGCCGGCCCGAGUUCCAGGCGCGCAACUAUUCCGACUUUAUGCGCAGCUUGGCGGCCAAGUACAAUAACAACAACAUCAGCACUGGCAACGACCAAUCGAGUGUGAAAAAUCCGUUUCUAGAGCCAAAAAUGCGAAUAAACCAGCCAAAAUCGUUCAUAGAGAACUCACUAGUAGUAGGCAGUAAGAAAGGCAGUCCAAUUACCUCCACUCAAGUACCUAAUCCAAGUAUUAUGUCGUCGCUGUUUCCGGGUCUCCCAUUCCAGUCGGCGGUUUUUCCACCGCUGAUUGACAUGAGCAGCACGCAGGCGCUGGUCGCACUGGCCCGCGCCGCCAAAGAGUCCGGCAUCGCAAAUCUCCUCAAGCCGGAGGACGGCGGCCUCAAGAAGCCGUCGGCCGGAUCUCGUAGCUCGUCACCCCCGUCGGGGUCCGCACCCCACCACUUCCCGUCACCCUUCUCAGCCUCACGGUACCUGCCGGCCGGUCUGCUGCCAAACCACCUGGCGGCAGCGGUCAACUAUCCGCCGCAAUCCGGAACCACCGCCGGAACGACGUCGGUUCCCGCGAUCUCACCGCUCAAGUCCCCGUCGCGGACACCGUCCGAUGGGCAGCUGCACCUUUCCAGCGGAACGUUUCCGCUGGAUCUGAGUUCGGCGCCGGGCGGGGCCAAGCGGAUAAAGCUGUCGUCGCCGACGCCCAGCCGGAACCAGGACACUUCGCCGGCACCCAGCUCCACCAACAGCCAGCCGUCGGACGGCGAGUUGGGGGGUGGGGGCAAGCUGGCCCGGAAGUGUCACGCCCGCAUCGAGGAGAUCAGCGCCUGGACCGUGGACAACGUGUGCGACUUUGUGUCCAGCAUCGACAUCUGCGCCGAGUACGUCCAGAACUUUCGUGACCAGAGCAUCGACGGCGCCGGGUUGCCACUGCUCACCGAGGAACACCUGACCAACUCGCUCGGCAUGAAGCUGGGCCCGGCCCUGAAGCUCAAGUCGAUGCUGGCCAAGCGGCUCGGCGGUCCCUGUCCGUGCGCGCUCUGUGCCACCCCGCCGACCCCGUCCAGCCGGAUGAGCAACAAGGGGGACACGACGCCCACCAACCGACCCCCCAGCAACGGGUCGGUUGGUUAGAAAUUUGUCAAAAAAAAAUCAGAAAAGAACGUUUAAACCCAUCCAGACCAGUGAUUGAUUUCCAAUAAUUACAACUAAAAGAAAAGAAAAAAAACAAUCAAAAUAAGGCGUGCAACACUGCCUUUUGCAUACGUACUUAGAGACACGAAGAAGAAAAAGUUUAUUAAAAUUUCAAGUUAGGAUCAUUUCGCCGGGACAUGUACAAUAUUACAUUUUAAUUCGUUACUUAGCUCGUAAGUCUUGUUAUCUCCGAGAGACGCACGCGCCCCGUCGAAAGUGGGGCGAUCGACCCUGUUCUGUAGCGAUUAGCGUCGAAUAGUAGAUUCUAUUAAAACAUUAUAGUUAUUAUCAUUAUUGCAAUUAUUAUAAAGAAAAAAAAAUAUUAUGAAUAUUAUUUGUUACGACGAUUCUUACACACAGAUUCUUCCUCCAAAAAACAACAACAUUUAAUGCUAGUAGAUAGUGAAGGAAAAUGCACGCAAGAAAAACAAAAAAACACAUAUUUAUUUCUAAUUAGUUGCGAUUUGUGGAUCGAAAAGUUACAAGCAAGCGUUAACUUAAAUAAACAAAAAACACACAUAAAAGACUUAAACUAACUUUGAAGGAAAAGACGACGGUACUAGCGCAUCGAAAUUCUUCAGUUUUAAAAAGAAAACAUUUGGUUUUAGCUGAUGAUGAUUUACGAAAUCAGUUCUUUUAGAUUGUUUUAGGAGAAAAAAAAUUCGUUUCGAAAGUAAAAAAACCCUCUUGUCAAAAUUGUACACGUACACUUAUAUUUAAUUUUUAAAACGUUAUUCGGUAAGACCCUUAGUUCACACAUUAUUAUCAGUAUUUAUCAUGAUUUAUAUAUGGAUGCGAAGCGAGAAGCGCAGUUGUACUGUAUCUGUAUGUUAGAGUUCUGCUAUUACGCAUGGAAAACAAUAAAAAUAAACUAUGUUUUAAACACU